GCUCGCGCGCAUCCGGGGGGCGGAGCCUUCUUCGCGACCUUUCACCCCAGCAUGGCUGCGCCCGUGGGACCCGUGAAGUUCUGGAAACCCGGUACUGAAGGGCCAGGUGUUGGCAUCUCUGAAGAGAGACAAAGUGUCACUGAGAGUUCUGGGACGACCGUCAUUUACAAUCCCUACGUUGCCCUGUCCAUAGAGCAGCAGAGGCAGAAGCUGCCUGUGUUCAAGCUAAGGAAUCAUAUUUUAUACUUGAUAGAAAACUAUCAGACAGUGGUGAUUGUUGGAGAAACAGGAUGUGGGAAAAGCACGCAGAUUCCUCAGUACCUGGCAGAAGCUGGCUGGACAGCCGAAGGAAGGGUGGUCGGCGUGACCCAGCCUCGGAGGGUGGCAGCUGUGACCGUCGCAGGGAGAGUGGCCGAGGAGAGGGGCGCAGUGCUGGGCCAUGAGGUAGGCUACUGCAUCCGCUUUGAUGACUGCACUGACCCACGGGCCACCAGAAUUAAGUUUCUUACCGAUGGAAUGCUGGUCAGGGAAAUGAUGGUUGAUCCCUUGUUAACAAAAUACAGUGCCAUCAUGCUGGAUGAAGCCCAUGAGAGGACUUUGUAUACUGACAUUGCCAUUGGCUUGCUGAAGAAGAUCCAGAAAAAGCGAGGAGAUCUUCGACUCAUAGUGGCUUCAGCCACUAUGGACGCUGAGAAAUUUCGGGAUUUCUUUAAUCAGAAUGAAACCAGUGACCCAACCAGGGAUACAUGUGUGAUCCUCACAGUGGAAGGACGAACAUUUCCAGUGGAUAUCUUUUAUCUACAAAGUCCUGUUCCAGAUUAUAUCAAAUCAACUGUGGACACUGUAGUGAAAAUUCACCAGACAGAGGGAGAUGGAGACAUUCUUGCUUUCCUUACUGGUCAGGAAGAAGUGGAGGCAGUUGUGUCUAUGCUGGUGGAGCAGGCCCGUGCGCUGGCCCGCACCGGGAUGAAAAAGCACCUCCGGGUUCUCCCCAUGUUUGCAGGCCUGCCCUCCUUUGAACAGAUGAGAGUAUUUGAAAGGGUGUCGCGCAGCGUCAGGAAGGUGAUCGUGGCCACUAAUGUGGCAGAAACUUCCAUCACAAUCAGUGGCAUCGUGUAUGUGAUUGACUGUGGCUUCAUGAAGUUGCGGGCCUACAACCCCAGGACAGCCAUUGAAUGCUUGGUGGUAGUGCCAGUGUCCCAGGCAUCCGCCAACCAGCGGGCAGGACGUGGUGGGCGCAACCGCUCCGGAAAGUGUUACCGCCUUUACACAGAGGAAGCAUUUGACAGUUUACCUCAGUCCACCGUGCCUGAGAUGCAGCGCAGCAAUUUGGCCCCCGUCAUUCUGCAGCUGAAAGCCCUAGGCAUUGACAACGUGCUCCGGUUCCACUUCAUGUCGCCCCCUCCUGCACAGUCGAUGGUUCAAGCUUUGGAGUUACUCUAUGCUCUGGGAGGUCUGGACAAAGACUGCCGCCUCACUGAGCCACUCGGCAUGAGAAUUGCAGAGUUUCCUUUGAAUCCCAUGUUCGCCAAGAUGCUGCUCGAGUCAGGAAACUUCGGCUGUUCUCAGGAAAUCCUGAGCAUUGCAGCCAUGAUGCAGAUCCAGAAUGUUUUCGUGGUCCCUUCCACCCAGAAGUCUCAGGCAAUUCGAGUACACCGGAAAUUUGCUGUGGAAGAGGGUGAUCAUCUCACCAUGCUCAACGUGUAUGAAGCGUUUAUCAAACACAAUAAGAAUUCCCAGUGGUGUCAGGACCAUUUCCUGAAUUACAAGGGUCUUGUCAGAGCUGCAGCCGUGAGAGAACAGUUGAAAAAGCUGCUGGUGAAGUUUCAGGUUCCCAAGAUGUCCAGCGAAGGGGAUCCAGACCCAGUUCUGCGGUGCAUUGUGUCGGGAUUCUUUGCCAAUGCAGCAAGGCUUCACUCCACUGGAGCUUACAGGACUAUCCGAGACGAUCACGAGCUGCACAUCCACCCGGGGUCAGUCCUCUAUGCAGAGAAGCCGCCUCGCUGGGUUAUCUACAAUGAAGUCAUACAAACCUCCAAGUAUUACAUGAGAGACGUGACUGCCAUCGAAUCGGCGUGGCUGCUGGAGCUGGCACCACACUUUUAUCAACAAGGCACGCACCUGUCUCUGAAAGCUAAACGAGCCAAGGUCCAGGACCCGUGAGCCGAGCUCAGUGCUGCUGCUGGGACUGCCUGAUGGUCUUUCCUCGGGCCAUCCGGGUGCCAGCUGAGGGGAGCGCACAGCCGCGCUGACGGGGCCGCAGCUGCUCGUCCGCCCUCUUCCUGCUCCCGUCAGUGCUCGCGACCUCCUCGGGGUUCCAGAGUGUGUGCGGGUCAGCAUCCCGCCUGGGGCUCACCGCUCACACCCACUGACCCACACCGCAGGCAGCCCUGGCCCAGCUCUGGGAGGAGGGGGAGGGCCGUGAGGGAUGGACAGAGCACUCGCUGGGCUGCCUUUGUGACCACAGCUGUGUCAGCAGGGAAGUCCAGAGCAGGUUGUGCACAGCGUGUCACUGUGAAGGACGGAGACCUCUUCUCCGCCAAGAUCACCAGAGGUCGUCUGCCAGGAGCAGGACUCCUAAGUCAGGCAGCUUCUGCCUUUCCUCUGCACACUUCCUCCCUCACCUGUGGCCGCGCUGCCAACCGGAGUGGGGCAUUGGUGUCCGCAGAGGACUCACGAGCACUGUCUUUGUUGACCAGAGAUUCUUCCUUCAAAAGUAGGCUUGGCUUUCUCUCAGCAAGAGACUGAGUCUGAUGCCCCUGGCUGGACACCAGUGAAAGUUCAUCAGCUCUGGCCUCGCAAUGCUGCACAUGAGCAGGAAUUCACAGUUUAGAUCCCUAAACUUCCGUAGCUCAGGAACAUGACUUGUUCACCUGUCUUUGUUUGCUUGCUUGUGUCUUGCAAGAGCACAUGGGGUGGCUGUCCCAGCAGGCACUGGUCACUGCUGCCCCAGGGCCACAGUGAUGGCUGCAUUUCUGCACAUGCCGAGAGUCUACCCUUAAUGUUUCAGUGACAUUUGUUUGAAAAAUGCAUAGCUUAAAGUUUUAUUUUUGUACUGAUUUUAGUUUGUAUGUGCCACUUUUGGUACCAAACUGUAUGUCAUUUUUAUUUCCAUUUUAUAAACCUGUAAAUAGUAGCGAUAACUUGUUAAUAAUAGCAAGCCUUUCUACCUGAAGUAAAUGUACUUCCCUCCA